AUGCAGGUCGUGGGCGACAGCGCCAUGAUCCUGGGACUCAUGUUGCAGCACUGGUUCAGACUAGCGAGGAAGCUGGCGGAUCAGGGGCAGGUCCAAGUGUGGCGGCACCACUACCGCCAGCACAACAAGACAGCAGACGGGUUGGCAAACUUCGCCAUGGACACCGGUAAGAGCGUGAUGUUCACGGCGGAGGCGGAGGGGAUGGAGCACGAACUGAGAACAUUGGCGGAGAUGUGGAUACAAGGGGACGUCAACCAAUGGAGGAAAGGAGUGAGCAGCGAACGUGAUCCACGCACCAGAUAG